AUGGCCGGGACCAUGCCCUCGCGUGCCAUCAUUUAUCCGACACUCAACAAUGCCACGCGCAUCCGCAAGGAGCUUCCCAAACAGAUCCAUUUUGACGAGCUUUUGGCGAGAUUGGAUCGCGCUCGCCGCCAGUUCAACUUCAAAGUCUACCAAGAUGGGCGGCCUCUUUACGUGCUCGACCUUGACUCCUGCCACGAGUAUCUACAGGGCCUUCGACAGCACAUGGAUGCUACUGAGUACAGUUUUCCAACCUUUAUUGACAAGGAUAUCUUGCGAACAGAUACAAGGAACGACGAUUGGGAACGGUGCAUGACACAAACGACGACGCCAUGGGGAGACUGGCUUUCUCUGCUUUGCGAUGUUAACAACAUGCCCAGCUGCGCCAGCUUCUCCUACGUAUCUAAGCCCUACUACCCCGCACCAGGGGCAGCCAUGGAGCAGCCCAUCAAUGUCGAAGAUCCCAAUGAAGCGGACAAUCUCAUACUUGCAGCCCAGCUCUCGCGGAUCAUGUGCCGCAAGCUCGAGGUCAAGGCUUACCAGCACCUGCAGCGCCUUCUGCACGAGUCGGGGACGAUGGAGGACGACAAGAUCUUGCCGUUCCUGCAGAGCCUAGGCCGCGUCCUCUUGACACUGCGUUGGCGGCUAUCCUGGUGGACUGCGACUCGCGAAGUCUUUGGCACCGGCGACCACAACGACGAGGCCGAGCGGCAACGAGUCGAGUUGCGGGUUCAUUCCUUGUGCCGAGUGCUGUAUUUCUACUACUGCUGCGUCCGCAGACGGCUCCCGGUAUGGACCAACAUCAACACGCCGAGCGGCAUUCACUCAAGGUAUCCGGACACGGAGAAGGAAGUCUGGGAUAACUUCCCCGGCAACGAGAGCGUCGAGGGGUUCGGGGAGUGGAUGGGCCGGGGUAGACAGCUCAUCAUCGAGGCUGGGGUUGUGAGCCGGCUGAGGUCGAUGGGACUGGCGGCGUAA